AUGGCCGCUCCAGACCCAGAUACAACCCCCGAAGGGGAUAGUAUUCUUGAUAUGUACGGGUCGCCGCUGUGCUCCACACCACCGAAGCGGCUAUUUACGAAUGACGCAGUGGAGGAGCUCGCCUCGUUUGACACAAGCGCGGGCGACGAGGGCUCGUUCCGGACAGAGGGCCCCAAGGUCAAGCAAUUACGCGAAAUCCAAAAACGGCUAAGCAGUCUUGCUGCCUUGAGCGCCGAUGAUGUGUCGUUUUCCAGCUCGCGGGGGUCACCAAACACGAGCCUGCAGCCGGUGAAAUUGUCGAGCCGGUCGACCAGCAUCUCUGUCGGCUACCAGAGCCCGUCGCUAACCCGUCAUACCCCAGCAGAGGCUCAGCUCAUUGAUACCAUCAGCCACGCCCGAAGCACGCUAAGACACGACCUGCUGGUGGCUCUGCUGGAAAGAGUUGUUGCCGACACCGUCUCGCUGUACACCGCCGUGAGCGAAGAAGAUACCACUGCGAGAGCUGCGGUAGACCGAGUGAGCUUGUCGCUGGCCGACUUUAUCACUCGCUACGUUGCCCUUACAGAGAACAAACCAAGCAGUUUAAAGCUAGAUUAG